GGGCGCUCGCUAUCGCAAAGGUUUAGCCGAAGUUAGCCGACGCUCGGUGGUUGCUGGUGCGUAUUUAACGCCCUUUCCGGAGAAAGAGAGCCAAGUUCGGUGCCAGACACAGUGAGAGACGGUUGUCGCUUUUCCCGAUUUUUCAUCUCCAGCGGACACGCGUGCUUUUUCCAAGCCACCUGCAUUUUACACCCAUCCCGUGUAAAACCCACAUUACUUUACAACCGCAAUGGCCGUCUUUGAAGGAAAGAAGUACAAGAUGGAGAAGUCGGAGGGAUUCGAUGACUACAUGAAGGCUCUCGGUGUUGGCAUGGUACUCCGCAAGCUUGGCAACAGCAUCUCGCCCACGGUGGAGCUGGUGAAGAACGGUGACGAGUACACGUUCAACACGCUGUCCACCUUCAAGAACACGACGAUCAAGUUCAAGCUGGGCGAGGAGUUCGAUGAGGAAACCGUCGAUGGCCGCAUGGUCAAGUCGGUCUGCACCCUGGAGGGCAACAAGCUGAUCCACGAGCAGAAGGGCGAGAAACCGACCACGAUCGUGCGCGAGUUCACCGCCACCGACCUGACCGCCACCAUGACUGCCGGCAACGCCAAGUGCGUCCGUUACUACAAGGUUGUAUAAGAGCACAAGGAUCGACUGACUAAUAACCCGGCUUCUUCCGGCACCCCCCUCUGGAGCUGCAUUCGAUCUGUGACCGAAUGGAAGGGCACUCGGACGGCGGGAAGAUUCGACGGAGUAGGACACCCUUGCUUUAACAACAUCAUCCCAACAUCACAUUUCCAGCAUCAUUCGCAUUUAUAUUUUAUCACAGCGUGAGAGAAAGUAGCAACGAACAAACUAUACGAUACAAGCAGGAUCCUCACAUGGAGUAGGACCAUGCGAUUCUGCCAGGGGCGUAACAUGUUUGUGUGUAUGUGUGCAUAUGUAAUAAUACGAGUCCGCCAGAAAUCGGCUGUUGUGUGGUACGUGUGCGUGUGCACGUACAAGCAAUAACGACGAUAACGAAUAAUGGAUUUUGCUCAUUUCUGAUUGUUUAUGUAAAUAUUUCGGAUGAAAUACUAUGAUUUGAUCAUAAUUCUCGAUUGUUUUGUUGCUAACAAAAGAUCAUCAAAAAUAAAACAAUCCGAGCGUAACGGAUUUACUAUAUAA